UAAAUCCGUUUCCGUUUCUAGUUCUAAAUUUAAUUAUUUUGUUCUUAAUCACUGGUCACGUGUAGGCAUAGUAAUUAAUUUAGUUUAAUAUGCAUAUAAUGUCUGCGUAGUGUAUUUAUUUAGGAGUUUACUAUACUGCUGCUCCCUUUAUACUGUGAACAAAGUGUGCAUAAAUAUAGUAAAAAAUUUAAUUCAGUUUGUCAAAUCAUACAGAAAAAAACGAAUUUCACAAAUGGAUGAUUCUAUCGAACGUGUUAUAGAAAAUAUUAAGCUCCAAGAGCAAGACAACGACGCUAAAUUAAAAGAAAAGCGGGAAUGUAAACUACAAUUAGAAGUCGAGCAAGCCCGAAUUCAGCGAGAUGCUCUAAUGCAGUUGCUAAAUGAUUCUAAAAACGAAUUGAAAGAAUUUAGGAUUAAAACUGAGAAAGGAAUAUCAACAGUUUGGAAUCUACGAGCAUCGCUGUGUAACUCAGUUAAAGAAAUUACUGACAAAUGCGAUGUGCAGACCUUACUGUUGAACAAUUUGAAAACCGACCUACAUUCUCGACCGAUGCCGAUAAGUACAAAUAAAUUGACCGUGAAUACGGAAAAAUUAGAAAUAGCCACAGAGAAACUGAACAGAGCUAUAAAAGAAAGAGAUUAUUUAUUGAGAGAACCUGAGAUCGGGGAUGAGUAUAUUCGUAUUAAAAAUGCUUUAAGGUAUUCUGAAACAAAAAUCACUAGCAUUUUAGAAAAAAAUAUGAAUUUUUUAGAUUCUCAUACGUAACUGUCAAGGUAAGAGCUUUGUAUUACUAACAUUAUUUUGGGACACGAAAUUGAAUAAUAGUCUAUAGAAUAGUCUUGAAUAUCAAUUACUUCUAAGCAGCUUCUUCAUAUCUUAAAUUUCGUGUACAAUGUGAUGAGGUCAUAAUAUUAAUUAAUUCUAUAUAUAAUAAAUACAAUAAUAUUUUCACUAAGGAAAACCUAAGACACAAAGUUUGCACACA